AGUGGUUUAAAUGCCUUAUGUCUUAUGUGACAGACUGUGUGUCAUAUAUAUCUAACACUUCAGAAAAAACCCUGCACUGUCCCUUUAACUCAUUAGUUUUUCAUUACACACAUGAAAAAAAACAUAUCAUAUAAAAACACACUCAAUCACUGACAUAUGGAUACUUUACAUAUUUUAAAACAAUGUUUUGGUUAUUUUGUAAAAGUGUAGUGUGUGUGUGUGUGCGGGCGUGUGUGUGUACAUCUCUCUCUCUCUCUCUCUCUCAGUCCUCCUGAGCUCUGUGUGGUGCUGUCUCUCCUUCUCUCUCUGAAACCUCUCAUUUUCUUCCACUGCGUUCCUCCAGCAGCAGCGGACUCAUCAGGCCCUGGCAGCCGCUUCACGGUGGCACUGAGCCGGCCUCAUUCCAAGCGCAGACCCGGCAGGUGCGGCAGCGGCGGCGGCGGAUCGGUGGUCCUCAUACCCGACUCAUGGAUGCUGGAAUCCCAGGCUGCUGUUCGGGGGCAGAGCCGGGGCUGCGGAUGAAAUCCUAAACAAAGUGCGACACACAUUCACACACACACAUUUACACACACACACACACACACACACACAUGCAGAUCAUAAACGGGCCUGUGUCGCUGUGCAACUUUGUGUCCGUGCGCAAAGAGAAGCAGAGGUGAGGCAGCUGUUGUUGUCUGAGGGGGGAGAGACACAGAGAGGGAGGGAGGGUGACGCGCUGUCAGACGAGGAAGUGAGUCUCUCUACACACACACACACACACACACAAACACACACACGCCCAUCUGAGCCUGAAGAAGCCGCUCAUCUGAUCACACUCUCCGGUGCAGACAUGGACAGACGCGGCCCGGAGUGAAACCUGCAGGACGGAGCCGACCACAGAGUGUUGAAGGAUGGAUCAGGAACCUCUUUGUCUGAACCCGUCAGAAGGCGGUGAGUCCACCGGUGACACCAGCCCUCAGGCGUCGUCCACCACCACAUCGGACUCUACCACUCCCACCACCCCCACACCUCCUCGCCUCACCCCCAACCCCAUGCUCCUGGACUCCUCGACAGCCGUGUCGACGCCCACCACGUCCUCCCCUCCUCCCCCUCUCACCCCUGCUCCCUCCAUCUCCACCACUCAUGGCACGAAGGCAACAGCAGCAGCAGCGGUGGCGUCUCCGCACAUCCUCGUCCCAGCACCGCCUAAACUUACCUCCACGGUGACCCCUGCCCUCAGAACGUACUCUCGCCCAAUCCUCCCCUCGCCCGGCGCCUCCAAACCACCUCCCACCACACAAACCUCUCCUCUUCUCCCUCCGCCCGCCACUUCCUCCACUUCCUCCCCCCACGCUAUUGCCAGCAUGGCCUCCCCCGUCGUCUCCCCCCCACACACACACAGCUGCUGCACCACCAUGUCAUCGAAGACCUCCACCAGCCUGACCAACGGGAACACCAGGCCUGUGUCCACGGCGACUUCCACGCCCAUCACGCCCUUUCACACGCCAGCCAGUCCACCUGGUAGACAGGUAUCACAGUCUCACCCUGCAGGCUCACCUAGUCUUGUGCGGACCAAUCAGAGCCCGUCACCUGUCAGGCAGAGAGUAUCCCAGCAGACUUUGCUCCUAGGAAAAGGUCUCAAAGGGUCUGGCCAAGACCAGGUGCUGCUAAGGGCUCAGAUGCUGAUUCUCACAUCUGCUAUGCGACCUGCCUCCUCCCCCUCUUCCUCUUCUUCCUCCUCCUCCUCCUCCUCCCUGUCCUCUAACCCUGCUUCUGCUCAGCUCCACAGUCUCACCCUGAGACCUCCCCUCCCCCCUGGGACCCUCACCCUACCCCCAACCCUCCGCCUAAAGCCCCCCACCUCGCUCCCACCCCCCCUCACUCGCCCAAACGCCCCGCUCUUCCCUCCUCUCAGGCCACGACCGCAACCCAGUGCCACGGUAACGGAGAGCCUGACCGCGCCCAACCGCCACCUUUCAGUCCCGCCCCCAACUCUCUACUCUCCGGUGCGAGCCGUCCCUCUGAGGCCACGCCUCCACUCGCCAAACGGUCACAGAGCGGCGUCGCCACGGCAAACUUCCGCCCUCCAACCGAUCGCUGCCGCCCUCUCCGGUCAGGCCACACCCAUCGGCCGCCCCCUGGCCGGACUCAAGAACUGUCCGUUAUCUCAGACUGUGCACGGUGCCGGCCAAUCGCAGCACAGCGCGCUGACAGUGACCACGCCUUCCUCGCACUUUGACCGGCCGCCAUCUGCCGCGAGGCAGCUGCAGAUCAUCGCUCUCUCCUCGGGUCAACGUCAGACUCAACCCGGAGCGUAUGCCCACGCCACGGUGCAGUCUCCGCCUCCGAUUCCAACACUACCGCCAUCGCCGGUCGCCACAGAAUCUUCAGACAUUUCCAGACAAACAAAGCGGACGCUGAGCGUUGACGACGUUCUUCCUCUUCCUCUAAAUGCCUCACUGCCAAAAAAGACGUCACCUCUGCACUCGCCGCUGCCGCUCCUGAGUCUAGCCACACCCCCAGAACAUCAGAACAUACCGCGGUCACAGAGAGGAGGAGACGCGAGGGAAAGCGAGGAGCAGAGAGGACGAGCGGCGAGACAAGGAGCCAGAGAGGACGGGAGCGUUGCAAAAGACCUGAGGCUGGAGAGAGACGACCCGAGACUGCAGAGAGACGACCCGAGGCUGGAGAGAGACGACCCGAGACUGCAGAGAGACGACCCGAGGCUGGAGAGAGACAACCCGAGACUGCAGAGAGACGACCCGAGGCUGGAGAGAGACGACCCGAGACUGCAGAGAGACGACCCGAGGCUGGAGAGAGACGACCCGAGACUGCAGAGAGACGACCCGAGGCUGGAGAGAGACGACCCGAGACUGCAGAGAGACGACCCGAGGCUGAAGAGAGACGACCCGAGGCUGCAGAGAGACGACCCGAGGCAGGAGAGAGACGACCCAAGGCUGCAGAGAGACGACCCGAGGCUGCAGAGAGACAACCCGAGGCAGGAGAGAGACGACCCAAGGCUGCAGAGAGACGACCCGAGGCUGCAGAGAGACGACCCGAGGCUGGAGAGAGACGACCCGAGGCUGCAGAGAGACGACCCGAAGCUGCAGAGAGACGACCCGAGGCUGGAGAGAGACGACCCGAGGCUGGAGAGAGAUGACAUGAGGCUGCAGAGAGACGACCCGAGGCUGCAGAGAGACGACCCGAGGCUGCAGAGAGACGACCCGAGGCUGCAGAGAGAUGACCAAAGAGACAAAGUCAAGGACGAGAGACAGUGGCGGGCGGAGGAGGAGGAGCAAAUGGAGGUGACGGAGGCCAGUCAGGCUCAGAGCGAGACAGGAGGAGGUGGAGAGGAGAAGAUAAAGGAAGAGGAAGCAGAGAGCGUCAUGGACCAGUCUGAGACGACCACCACGGUUCAGGAUCUCCACCAGCACCACAACAUGGAUCCGGUUCCAACCGUUAAAGACUGCAACACAGAACACAAACCCAUCCAGUCCUCAGUUCCUGUCCCAGCACCAGUACAACCCUCUGUCCCCAUCCAAAUCUCUGCCCCAGUCCAGACUUCUGUUCCGGUCCAAAAUUCCAUCAUUGUCCAAACCUCUGUCCCAAUCCAGACUUCUGUCCCCAGCGUCACUGUCCAGAGUCCGAGGCUGCUGGAGUGUCAUCGCGAGCUGCCCCCUGUUGGUCAGGAGGAUUUCUGUGAAAACAUGUCGAUCCAGUCUGACAACCAAUCAGCGCUGUCCAGUCUCUCCUCUCAGUCUCCGCCCUCUUCGCCCGUCAUCACGCCGUCGGUAGAACACACUCCUCCCCUCUGUCCCGCUCAGCCCGCCCACCUGACCAACCACGGCCAAUCGCAGCACGAGCCUGAGGAAGUGGACACCGUGGUGGAGGAGGAGGAGUCGCGGCGUCUGACUGAGCCCGAGCUCCUCAGCCAAUCAGAGGACGAGUCUGAGAGCUUUGGCCAACUGCUGAGCAGCAACUGGGAGCCGAAGGCGUGGCCUGAGGGACGGGAAGUUCUGACUCACCUGGUGGAAGGUUUCGUCAUACAGGAAGGACUGCAGCCAUUUCCUGUGUGUACACACACACACACACACAAUGUGAACCGCUCGUCUCUGCUGGUUCCUGAACAGGUGACCUCGCCACAGGAAGUGAACGGGACCAAUGGCAGGGCGGAGCUACCUGUGACGGACGCCAUCAAACCAGCGGAGCCUUCGAGUGACUCGGACGAGGAGGAUGGAGGAGACACGGAUGACCCCAGCACGAGGUCGGGUCACAGGGACCGAACGGUUCUGCACUGCCAGUUCUGUGGCAAGAGAGGCCACGCCCACAACUUCAUGCGGUCUAAACGCUUCUGCUCCACUUCCUGUGCACGCGGGUUCAACGUCCGUCUGACGAAGCGUCUGCGAGCUCUGAGCGCCGGCAGCCGCUCCGAGCGUCCGCGGCCGACCCUGAACAGAGCAGAGUCGGUGCCUGGGAAACCUCUGUUACUGCGGCUGCCUCGGGAUCUGUGGAGCGCCGGUCGGCGUGAGAAGGAGGGAAAGGAGAAAGUGGCAAUGCCAGAAGAGGAGGAGGACGAGGACAUGGAAGGAGGAGGGGAGGAGGAAGACGACGACGACAGAGGAGGAGGAGACGAGGACCUGUCUCUGGCCGUGGCGGCGAGGAUGGAGCGACGCCCUCCUCACAGAGCAAGGAGGGCUUCUGCGCCCGCCAUGACCACCUCCACCACAUUUAAGCCCGCCCCCUCUCAGUGGAGCGUGGAGGACGUCACCGCCUUCAUACACACACUGCCAGGCUGCAGCGAUGUGGCCGAGGCGUUUAGGCUGCAGGAGAUCGACGGCCAGGCUCUGCUGCUGCUGACCGAGGACCACCUGAUGACCAGCAUGAACAUCAAACUGGGCCCAGCGCUGAAGAUCUGUGCUCACAUCAACGCCCUGAAGAACCAGUGAGGGACAGACCAAGAAGACGGGAGACAAGGUUUUUACGAAGGAGAGGCAAUAAAGACACGUGAUGGACGUGAACAGAGUCACCGAAGGAGAUUUUAUGAGAUUAUAAACGGAGGUGUGGCCUUAGCAGACGAUGAAACCCGAGUCCAGAGGACGUCUCUGACCUCAGACUGUAGCAGGAGACCACCAGGGGGCAGUGUGGGAGUGGGUUUGUAUCUUUGUGUAUAUUUUCCAUGCGACAGGAGAGUGUACAUUUGAAGCUAUUUCAUGAAGGAUUUUCAACAUUUAAUAUAUAAAAACAAAAAAAUGGUCUAUUUAGUUUUUUUAGAGCGUGACGUCACUGACAGAUCUAUCAAAGUAGCUACAACAUAACCGGUGUGUGCGUGUGUGUGUACAAGAGAAAAGAAUCAUGACAUUAACGAUAAAUAAAAUGUAGAGUUUGUGCGUGAUUAAUGAAAGUUUCAUGUUUUUUAUCCAUUCAUUCUGGACAGAAACUAAAAAAAACAAAAACAAAGUCACGAUCAGGGUUGAGGCUGUCGUCUUUAAUCGUCACAUUUUUAUGCUGUUCUGCUCGCAAAUUAUUUAAUAAAUGAAUAAUUAAUCAAA